AUGCAGUNNGUCAAGCUCACGACAGUUGCGCCUCACUCGCAAACCCUCCAAGGCACGCUUUUCACCGCAUGUCCCAUGCUCAAUGUCGUCGCCAUCAACACCGCUCCCGCUCCUCCGAACCCCUCGUCUACCCUCUCCAACCAGCCCGGCGACUACCACAUCAUCCCCAUCAAGCACAUCUCGUCAUUCGACCUUGUCUCGCUAGACCCGGAUGCCGCCAAACAGACCAUCAGCACCGUCCAACCUCCCAUCGCCGCCGUCGACAUUAAGAAGUUGCGCGACCGCGAAGAGGCCAAGAUCCGCCAGCUGCGCGAUCAAGAAGCCAACAAGGGCAAGGGUGUCAGCCGCGAGGCCCAGCAAAUCUACGAUGCCUUGAAGAGACUGNUGCGUUGCUGCAUCCAUCCAUGUCUUCGUAUGCUGCCCAUAAAGCUAACUCGACAUACAAACAGGUACCCCACUCGCUGGCACGAACAGGAGAUUGUCGUCAACGAUUCGGUGAUUAUUAGUCCGCCGUACAAUGUGAACGACUGCAAAGCUCCCAAGGGUAAGGAGGAAUCCCUCAACAGAAUCAGAAUGGUCUUGGAGGGCGAGAGGAGAAAGAUUGCCCAGCGUGCUGCUCAAGGAGGCACACCUCCACCUGGCGCCCCUAGAAAGGGAGGUUGA